CUGAGAUUGAAACUCACUCUUCCAAUCUCUGAGCAUGUCGGCUGCACCCGUUCGCCUUGUGUUUGGGACGAUGCAAAUCGGACUCCGCCUCACUGCAGCCGCUGGUGCUGCCGCGAUCGACGUGUUUGUCAACGCUGGCCAUUCCGAGCUCGACACUGCGCUCAUGUACGCGGAUGGCCAGACGGAGGUGCUGCUGGGCCAGAUGCCGCUCGUCCACGACAAGGCAAAGACGAAGAUUGCGACGAAAGCCAAUCCAUGGCAGCCGAACGACUUGACCGCGGCUGGCGUUGCCAAGCAGCUCAAUGCUUCGCUCGCAAGUCUCAAGUUGAGCUCGGUGGAUUUGUUUUAUCUGCAUGCUCCCGACCACAAGACGCCGUUGGAAGAGACGCUCGAGGCGUGCAACGAUCUGCACAAGGCCGGCAAGUUUACCGAGCUUGGGCUGUCCAACUAUUCCGCCGAGCUUGUUCGCAAAGUUGUCGAAAUAUGCAAGGCACGAGGCUGGAUUGCUCCCACUGUGUACCAGGGCAUGUACAAUGCCAUCACUCGUCAAGUGGAGAAGGAUUUACUGCCGGUUUUGCGCGAGUUCAACAUCCGUUUUUACAUCUACAAUCCACUUGCCGGCGGUCUCUUGACAGGCAGAUACACGUAUGAAGACACGGUCAACCAACCCGCUGGCCGCUUUUUCAAUGACGGCGCGUGGGCAAAGACCUAUCGCGAGCGCUACUGGAAGCGCGAGAACUUUGACGCUCUGGAAAAGGUCAAGGCUGCCAUUGCAGACUCGUAUCCCGAUGGCCGAAUGACGUUGACUGCUGCUGCGCUUGCUUGGUGUUUGCAUCACUCUGUGCUUUCUGGCGAUCACGGAGAUGCCGUUAUUCUGGGCGCAUCUACGGUGGAGCAGCUUCGUGAAAACCUCGCUGGCUGUGCAACUGGUCCGCUGGACAAUGCGGUUGUGGCUGCGUUUGAUGCUGCGUGGGCCAACCUCGAAGCGACCUGCCCUUCGUAUUCUCGCUAGCACAUUCUCCUUGCACCUCAAGUGUUUGGCGUCAUGGAUGUGUUCAGUCGCUCUUGUGCUUGGGGUUGUUCGUGAUUUGCUCCAGCACUGUUGUGUUUCCUGUGAUGACUUUUAUCCACCGAAUCAAUCCUUCUUUGCUUGCGUA